CAUUUAAAACCCGGUCACACCUGUUCUUAUUUCAUUUCUUAUUAACCGCUUUUUGGUUUGUUAUAAUAGUUUAUCCUAAAACGAUGUCGGCUUUCGAGGAUUCUGAUGGGGAAACCGAUUUCAAGGAGAUCAGCUCAACGAAUUACCAACGCGUCCAGGAAAAAGUGGCCAAGAUAAGCUACGCAGAUGGCAUUGCCGAUGGAAGGGAAAAGGUUUUCCAGGACAGCUUCGACGAGGGCUUUGAAAAUGGUUUCAAAACUGGCUUUGAGCUGGCCAAACUAAGUGCCUUUUACGAGAUUAUGAAAAAUGCGCAGGCGGAGACGGAAAACAUAGAACUUAGAGCAGAACAAGAGGCUUAUUACCAACAUAAACUAGCAGAUGCCACCGAUAAAGCACACUUUAAGUAUUUGGAGCAUCAGGGUGAAUCCCUCAAUGUUAUCUCGAACAAACAAAGGAUCUAUGUAGACGACCUGCUGGGAACUCUUGCGCAGCAACUCCCAGCCACAACAAAUUUAUUCACUUCGAGCAGCAGCGGUUCUAGUGUUAAUGUGGUUUAAUGCAUGUGUUUGGGAAUUAUCAAAAUUAACUGAAAAUAUAUCUGUUUGCGACUUAUAAGUAAA